GAUUGCAACCAAAACCAAAGUUAUUAAUUUUUACUUACUUAUUUUAUUAUAAUUUUCGUGUGUAACACAAUACAAACACCAACCCUUCUUCAAGUAGUUAUUUAAUCUGCCUCUCAAAAUUCAAAAUCCCUUCAUUCUUCAGUGUUCCAUUCUUCGAAAUUCCCUGCCAUGGCUGCGAUUGCGCAGUCCAUAGCUCUGCUUCUAUUCCUCUCUCUCGCCUAUCUCAGCCAUGGAGGUAUUACCAGUAGGUUCAUGAGGAAACUUGAAGCUUCCGUUGAUAUGCCCGCCGAAGCUUUCCCUCCACCCUCCGGUCACAACGCUCCCGAACAGGUCCAUAUAACACAGGGAGAUCGUAAUGGCAGGGGCGUUAUAAUUUCUUGGGUUACGCCAUUGUCGCCUAAACCUAAUGUUGUCAGAUAUUGGGCUGCGGAUAGUGAUGAGGAUCAUGACCACACAGUACGCUCUAGAAUCACCACUUACAAAUAUUAUAAUUACACUUCCGGAUUCAUUCACCACGCUACCAUUAGCGAUCUCGAGUAUGACACAAAAUACUUCUACGAGAUUGGGAGUGGCGAUGCGAAACGUCGGUUUUUCUUCACAACGCCUCCCAUGGUCGGUCCUGAUGUUCCUUACACAUUCGGCAUUAUUGGCGAUCUUGGACAGACUUAUGAUUCGAAUCAAACGUUUGAGCAUUACUAUUCAAAUUCGAAGGGACAAGCGGUGCUGUUCGUCGGAGAUCUUUCUUACGCGGACAAUCAUCCGUUUCACGAUAACAGGAAGUGGGAUACAUGGGGUCGAUUUGUUGAGAAGAGCACUGCGUAUCAGCCAUGGAUUUGGACUGCCGGUAACCACGAGAUGGAUUUUGCUCCAGAACUUGGAGAAAACACCCCAUUUAAGCCUUUUACACAUCGGUAUCAUGUCCCUUACAAAUCAGCUCAAAGCUCAUCGCCGCUCUGGUAUUCCAUCAAGCGUGCUUCUGCCUACAUCAUAGUUCUUUCUUCUUAUUCUGCUUAUGGAACCUAUACUCCACAAUAUCAGUGGCUAAAGAAUGAGUUUACUAAGGUGAAGAGAGAGGAGACUCCAUGGUUAAUUGUUAUGCUUCAUUCACCUUGGUAUAAUAGUUACGACUAUCAUUAUAUGGAAGGGGAGAGCAUGAGGGUCAUGUUUGAACCCUGGUUUGUUGAAAACAAAGUCGAUCUUGUUCUUUCUGGCCAUGUUCAUGCUUAUGAGCGUUCGGAACGAGUAUCGAAUGUGAGAUACAAUAUAACGAAUCGAUUAAGCACUCCAAUUAGAGACAUUAAUGCACCAAUGUACGUAACAAUUGGCGAUGGCGGCAAUAUUGAAGGCCUGGCUAACCAGUUCACAGAACCACAACCAAAUUACUCGGCAUUUAGGGAAGCAAGCUUCGGACAUGCAUUGCUUGAAAUAAAGAAUAGAACUCAUGCAUAUUAUACAUGGCACCGCAACCAUGACAACGAGCCUGUUGCUGCUGAUUCGCUUUGGAUAUACAACAGAUAUUGGUACCCUGAAGAUGAGAGUUCUCAAUAGGUAGCUUUUGAGUUUUGAGUAAUCUAACCAUUCAAAACAAAAAUAUUUCCCUUUUCGUGUCCUGUAGGCCGUUGGUAGUGCCUUUCAUUUUCAAUUUUUUUUUUUUUUUUUUUUUUUUAUAAAUUAAAAUGUUCUUUUUUAUGGUCUGCUAAUUAAUAAUAUAUUAAUUCCUGUUGCCCACAAACGUGAAUAAAAUUGACAAUGGUUUGUAUUUA